AUGACCUCCCCAACAACCCCCGCCCUCGCCCUCUCCCUCCUCACCUCCCUCGGCGGCGCAAUCGGAUACGCACGCACCGGAUCCCUGCCCUCAAUCAUCGCCGGUCUUUCCGUCGGCGCACUAUACCUCCUCUCGUUCUUCCGACUGCGCGGCGGCCAGGCGUGGGGCGAGGAGAUCGGGCUUCUGGCCUCCAUUGUCCUGGCGGGCAGCUCGAUUCCCAGGGCUAUUAAGUUGAGAAAGCCGGUUCCAGUGGCUUUGAGUGUCGUCGCGCUUUAUGGUCUGGUGGUUUUCGGGGGUGCGGUUAGGAAGAGGGUUUGA